GAGGUGAUGCUCGACAAACCUCGUGGUGUGCGAGAUACUUCACAUCAUAGGAUGAUCACGAUGGUGGCGAAGCAGAAAAAUGCCAGCUUGAUUUGGUUUCAUCGCACCCACCACGGGACAGCCAUUCCAAUGAUGAUCGUCGAUUUGACGUCCAUUGGUUUCAAACACAGAUCAAGGUAGCAAGGGUGAAGACGUACUACAAAGUGUCUUUCAAGGUGUGACAGGAUUAGAUACUUCCUAAGGGGAUCAAGUUGUGAUAGUUGCCAAUAAUAGUGAAAGUGAAAAUAGUGGAGACUGCGGGGACAAUCUAGAAAAGACCACUUGAAGUCACAAUGAACACGCAGUUGAAGCCAACCGUGUCUCGAUUGUUCCGUCAAUGGAGCCAAAAACGCUCAUCAAGUUCAUCUAAGUCCCUGCAAGCCUAUCCGGGCAUAAUUAUGAACAAAGAUGUUCAUCCACCUCACAAACAAACCCAAGGGGACGAGAUUCGAGCCAUAUUUCGAGGCAUCAACGUUGACGUGUUGUCUUAUGGCCCCAAAGACGCCAUCGAGGUCACCAAUGUCGCCAAGCACUACUUCAACACCGAGGGCAAAAAUGUUCGAUCCAACAUGACACUUUUGAUGGCCAAAGCCGUGAGCACUCACUUGGGCCUUCAGCUGGAUUUCAACCUGUUUAAAGAUCAAAUGAAGGUGGCCCAAGCGGCCGAGAUGUAUCACACCGCCAGUCUCAUGCAUGACGAUGUCCUGGACCAUGCUGACCUUCGGCGAGGCCAGCCUUCAGUCAACAGCCUUUGGGGGGAACUGUCUUCUGUCUACGGCGGGGAUUUCACCAUGGGUUUGGCCACCAGCGAGGUCGCUAAGCUCAAGAAUGAUGAGGUGUUUCAUUCAAUGUCCAAGAUCUUGGAAAGCCUCGUCAUUGGCGAGCUACAGCAAAUGUCGGCGACCCGGCCUUUGACCGAUAGCUCUGCUCAUCGAUUCCAGCGUUAUUUGACCAAGACCUUCAACAAAACGGCUUCACUCAUGGCCUAUUCGUGUCAAUCAGUCGCCAUUUUGACCGAAUGUAAAGCUGGUCCUGAUCGAACACUCUCAAAGAUGGCCUUCAAUUAUGGCAAGGAUUUGGGUGUGGCCUUUCAAUUGGUGGACGACUGGUUGGACUUUGUGGCCGACGCUGAGUUAUUAGGCAAGCCAUCAGCAGCCGAUCUCAAAUUGGGUUUGGCCACUGCUCCAGUUCUUUUUGCGAGUGAAGAAUAUCCCUUGGAAAUGGAACCGUUGAUUCACAGAAAGUUUGCCAGGCCUAAUGAUGCCGAGCGAGCCUUGAAAAUUGUGAUGAAAUCCGAGGGCUUGGAUAAAACUAAGGCCCUAGCAGAGCAAUUUUGUCAAAGCGCCAUUCAUGAGAUCCGCCCUCUGAAGAGCUCGCUGGCCAAACAAAAUUUGGAGGAUUUGGCCGAAUUGGUCUUGGAUCGGAUCAAGUAGACAGUGGCUUCUAACAUGGGAAAUGCCUCUGAUUAAUGCCCUUUACAAAUUACGCUUCAAUUUUGAUGUUUCAUGAUAUCGGUACAAACAGAUACUUUUGCCACUAAAUAUACAUAAUCUUCACUCGCAUGAAUUCAACACGGGUCAAUAGAAAUGUUGAGCUCACCGAGGAAUUUUCACCCUUCAGCUUAUUGUCUCUUCAGUUUAGAUCCAAAGCUAGCACAACCCCAAUGAAGAACGGCUGACUAUAAUUCGAUUUCUAUAUCUCAGUAAUAAUAUACUUUCAAGUGUACUAGAAACAAUGGGUUGUUAAAGAAAUCACAUUCGCUCAAUCUCAGAGGUAUGAUGCGACAUCAUGAUGCAACAUGUCUCUGUCGUUUUGCUCGGAAUAACUCGUUUUUCUCAAGCGACUAAAUAGUCAUGCCACAUAAACAAUGAAAAAAUCCCUUCCUAAUAAUUUCGGUUAACAAGAAACAUUUUAAUCGUUAUGGCUUUAAACUAUGGGAUGUACGAGUAUUUGCAAGAUUUUAACCGAAGCAUUCAAGUCGAAACCUUCCACUACCUUUGACGGAAAAUCAAUUUUGAUUGCCCUAUUAAUGUCUACCAAAUAAAUAUAGACAUGUGUUCCAAUGUUUCUGCCG